AUGGAAGCUGUCGAUCAUCAAGCAGAAGCAAUUGAAACUGGCGCAGAAUUGCACCAGGGAAGGAAAGGGAAUGUUACUCUUGUAGCCGAAUCGGACAUUUUUCUAGAGAUAAGAUGUGCCUCGCAGAAGCUAAACGAUGUACAAAAUGCGGAAGAAUGGCACAUUUCAAAGUUCGAUGUGAUAAAUUUUGAGUGUCCUGGUAAUCCUGAAAUUCACGUAUCGCUUCACCAAAGUUACAACAGCAAUCUUCACGCAACAUUGAACGAAUUGAGAUAUCGUAACCCAUUUUGUGAAAACAUCUUGUAUAAUUUGAGCAAUGGUCAGUGGGUGAAAAAGAUUGAUAGUUUUAAUAAAAAUGAGAUAGAAUAUAAGAAAUUAUUGAAAGAAGAAAGAGAAUUGGAUUAUUUUUUGACUGAAUUUCGUAUUAAUCGAGGAAUACAUACACGACUGUGGAGAGAUGAUUACAAGUGUGGAUUUAACAACGUGCAGACAAAGCCGAGAGGGAAUGCUUGGGCAGCUCCAGCUGGAAGUUGGUGUGAUUCGAAAAGUAAUAAACCUUGCUGCAGUGACAUUGAUGAUGGCCAAUGUGGAAGCAUUUGUGACUGUCCUAACUGCGUUGACACCAGAAAGAUAUAUCACGCUGAAAUAAGUGAUUGGAUUCCAUUUGACUCUGCAUGUCGACGACGAAACUAUACAGCAGCACAAGCUUGUAAAGUUGUCAAUCGAUUCUCUCAAAUAUAUUUUGUUGGUGAUUCUUUUGUGGGGAAAAUGGCACGAGGUUUUGUUUUGACAUUAAGAUCCGAUCUGAUGAAUGGUUGUUUAGUGACACGGUACGAUGAAAAAUUAACCAAACUAUGUGUUGGUGUUGACCAGUUUUAUUGGACAGAAUGUUCACUUGGCGAAGGGGAGAUACUCAAAAAUCUCGUGAAUAAAACUCCUUUUUGUGGAAAAGAUACACCACUUGUUAACAUCAAUGGAUAUUACAACCAUGAGUCUGCAAACAGGUUUUUAAAUUUAGUAAAAAGUUUAACAGGAAAAGUUGGUUCAGUUUUGCUGGUUGGUCAGGGUGGACACGAUGGAUGCAAAUCUGAAGUGACUAUGAAAACAUUUCUGAGUCCCGUGAUUCAACAUUUGGAUGAUUUCUACAAAAAGUUUGACAACACGACUGCAAAACACUCGAAUAAAUUUAAUAACAUUUAUCGAUGGCCACAUAUCAUUUUUAUGUAUCCUGACUCCAACGGAAUAUUAAAACCAAAAGCAUAUCAUGCAGCAAGCGGCGAUGUAGUUUGUAAAAAAUUUUCCCGAGAAAUGAAGGUAUAUUGCGAUGCUCAUAAUAUUCCUGUACUUGAUUUUUCCAGCCUUACAUCAGGAGUUCAUAGUUAUGAUGGAACACAUCACGGUCUAGGAGUGAAUAUUAUGAAAGUACAAAUUUUACUCAAUUACCUCGAUUAUGUGUCAGAGUCGGUAGAUUUAAGGUAA